AUGGGUCUAAUAGAAAAAAAGUCCUGCAAAAAUGUUUCCGAUAAUAUGACAAUAAAUGAAUUAUAUAAUCGCCUAGUUGAAAACAAUACUAAACAAACUGCAUAUAUUACGGGAAAAAUAGAUCAUAGUAUUGAACAACUGACAAAUAAGUUAGAAGCAACAUAUAAAAAAAUUGAAAUAUUAGAAAACUGUGUCAAUAUGAAAAGAAAACUUCGAAGAAAUAAUAUUGCAAUUUUUGGCCUCGUAAUAAAAUAUCCUAUCCUCGAAAACACUUUACAACCUUUGAAUAACCUACUGGGAAUAAAUUUAAAUAAAAAUGAUAUCAACUUUAUAAGGAUUCCAAAAGAAGAACAUGAGAAGCUACCAAUUAUCAUUGAAUUUAUUUUCUUAUACAAAAAACAAACGGUUUUCCAAAACGUUCAAAAGGUAAAAAACUCUAAAAUAUCUAUUGCCUAUGAUAGGUGCUAUCAAGAUAGAAACGACUAUAAAGUUCUUAAAAGACAUCUAAAUAUUGCCGAAGAUCAAAAUCUGCCUGCUAAGAUAAAGGGUAGAACUAUUGAGAUAAAUGGAAAUAUUUACACAAUCAACGAUCUCCAUAAAAUAGAAAGACAGUGUGAAACUAAUAAAGGCAUCAGAUCUGAUUCCGAUUUCAACCGAGAAAAUGAUGCAGAGGAGUUGGUAGAAGAAAAACCCAAAUCCAAAGGAAAAGGGUAA